AUGUCGACGGCGCGCGCGAGAGACGCGGCGGUCGUCGCGGUGCGGUCGCGCGGGGCGGUGGACCGUCGGCGACGACGCGACGCGCGAGGGCGACGACGCGGCGGCGCGAAUGCGAAUGCGAAUGGGAACGGGACGACGACGACGACGACGACGAUAGGGCGCGGGGCGCGCGUCGUCGUCGUCGGCGCGCGCGGUGGGGUCGGACAGGUGAUCUGCGCGAAACUGCACGCGCGCGGGUACGACGUCGUGGCGGUGUCGAGAGGGCGCGGGACGGAGGAGACGACGACGACGGGGCCGCGAAGCGUCGGCGGCGUCGAUUGUCGAGACGCGCGUUCGAUCGAGGCGUCGGGCGCGUUCGACGGCGACGUCGAGGCGGUGGUGUGUUGUCUCGGGACGACGGCGUUUCCGAGCGCGCGAUGGCGGGAUGAGGAUGGGAAGUUUACGAACGGGCCGGAGGCGACGGAUUACGUCGGCGCGCGAAACGUCGUCGAGGCGACGAAGAAAUUAGCGCCGAAUUUGAAGCGAUUCGUCUUCGUGUCCAGCGUGGGCGUUUUGAGAACGAACGUGAUGCCGUUCGUCGUCUUGAACGCGUUCGGGGUGCUGAAGUGGAAGAGGAAGGGUGAGGAGUGCGUGGAGAAUUCCGGGUUGCCGUAUACGAUUUUACGCCCCGGUCGACUCACCGACGGCCCGUACACGUCGUACGAUUUAAACACCCUGCUCAAGGCGACGUCUGGCGCGCGUCGUGACGUGCAGAUCGGCGGUGGCGACGACAAGCUGCUGCCCGAAGCGACGUCCAGGCUCGUCGUCGCCGAAGCCGCGUGCGCGGCGCUCGUGUGCGCGAGCGCCGCCGGUCGAGCGUACGAGCUCGGAAGCACCGAGGGCGGCGACGGCCCGCAGGACGACGUGCAGAAGUGGCAAAAACUCUUCGACUCGGUGUAG